ACUUUUAUGAUUAGGUUCUUCAUACCAAGAAUCAUGUUGGAAAGUACUAUACAUUACCUCCCAAUUUAAAGAAAAAUCUGUUCUUCAGUGGAGGGAUACCAAAAUCAUUGGAUACUCUGAUGAAUACUUUUGGUGAAGCAUGCAUUAUGGUGCGUGAACCAGCCUUAGAGGUUAUUGCCUUUUUGAAAAAUGCUAAUUAUUCUCACCCAGCCUUACGCUUUGUUAUAUAUGGCAGAAAUGGCACAGGCAAGACAACAACUCUUAUGCAUAUUGUACAUUUUGGAUAUCAAGCUGAAUAUCUACUGGUACAUGUACCAUGGGUUUCAAAUUGGACUAAAAGGCCAAAGGAAGUUGUAGCUUCACAGUUUGAAGAGAACAGGAUUGAUCUUCCUGUUGAGUCGGCUUUGUGGUUGCAGCAUUUUAAAUCACAGAAUUCUGAUCUUAUGCAGAAACUUGAUCUGAAAACAUCCAAAUCAUAUACUUGGAGUAAAAGAGAAGUCACUGAGGAAGGCAAACCUUUGAUGGAAGUAGUUGAGCAUGGUCUUCAAAGAGUGAGACAUUCUUCAGAUUGUAUAGCAGUGCUUUUAAAAGAAAUUAAAUAUCACUCACAAUUUGGGAAGUUUAAAACAUUGCUUAUUGUAGAUGGUGUAAAUGCAAUUUUUACCAAAACCAAUGUAAAGAGACCUGACCAGUCUUUGGUACCUGCUCCUGAGAUUACUAUAGUAAAUGCUGUUAUGAAGAUGCUAAAGAAUGAUUGGACUAAUGCUGCUGUCAUAACAAGUGUUGAUGUUAUACCAUUUAAUCGUAAUUCAACUAUGCAAGAUCCUUAUACACCAAGAGCACUGCUUGGGAAAGAGGGCUUUGAACUCUUGGAUCCUUUUAUACCCAUUCAAACCAAACACUACACAGAAAAAGAAGCAGAGAGUGCCUUAGAUUACUACACUAAUAGACUCUGGAUUCAGUCAGAGGAAGCUCGAAGUGAGGAUGGGAGGAAGCAAUUGAAGUUCCUGAGUGGUUAUAAUCCUUUAAUUUUGAUGAAAAUCUGUGAUCCAAUUUAAUCAUAUCAUGUAAAUUAACUUAUGUAAAUAGAUUUUAUGCCCAUUAAAAUUAGUUCUGAUUACUUUUUGUAAAUCACUGCAGCUGGCGGUCCU